CACGGAAGUGAGUGAACGUGCCAUCACUGAACAGGUUCUGCACAGCCAGCAAAAAUAAUAAUGCUGUUAAACAGGUAUUUACUCAUCUUCCGUCUUUAACAGACGAAGUCGUGGUUAUGGCUCAAAAGGAAGUAAAGGAGGCGUUUGUGAGUAAUCUCAACGGGACCAGUUUGGGAGAGGUGAUUCUUGGAUCGUUUCUCGCUCCAGUUUGUCUGAUCCACCGAGCGUUCAUCUUAGUCCUCUACUACCAGGCCAAAGGGACUCUACCGCUACCACUUCCACUGAUUUCCCAUCUACUCCUUGAUUUUUCUCUGCUCGUCCUUCCCCUCGUAUUAUCAUGCACAGUUCUCAGCGAUGUUCUUCUGCAGGUCAUCGUGUGCCUAACUUUUAUUUUAGCUUGCGUGCUCUGCUACAUCUAUCGUUCCAGCUUGCAAUCCUCUGCUCUGCAGCCACAAAAGAUUGUCAGCAACUUUCUUCAGUGCAGCGUUCAGUUCCACCAGGUCCCCUUCGUGACUCUCUUCAGAGUAUUUGUAAACGUGAAAACAGCCAUCAGCAUCCUCGCCGUUGACUUCAGCGUCUUUCCGAGGCGAUAUGCGAAGACAGAGACCUACGGGACAGGAGUUAUGGACUUUGGAGUCGGGGCGUUUGUUUUUGCAAAUGCACUUGUCAGUCCUGAGGCACGGAGGAGGGAAGUCACGGGAUCCAAGAUGAGCCAUGUUGCAAAGCAGAUCCUGUCUGUCUGGCCUCUGCUUGCUCUCGGUGUGGGGCGGCUGGUGAGCAUCAAAAUGACGGGCUAUCACGAGCACGUAACGGAAUAUGGCAUCCACUGGAACUUCUUCUUCACGCUGGCCAUCGUCAGAGUUCUAGCUUCUGUUCUUUUGGUUGUUUUACCAGCUGGACUGUCGUGGCUCUUUGCCAUUCUGAUCAGUGGGUGUUAUCAGUUCGCCCUGGAAACAUCCGAACUAAAGACCUUCCUGAUGCACAAUAAAGACAGAGGAAAAGAUUUAGUGCACGCUAACAAGGAGGGCAUAUUCUCCAUACCUGGCUAUGUUGCCAUCUAUCUAGCAGGAGUUCAGAUAGGACUCUACGUGAUGCAACAAAGACAUCAAGUCAAAGAUUGCCUCAAGAUGCUUUUCACCCUCUCCCUAGGAAGUUUGCUGUCGUACGGCGCUUUGUUCGCAUGUCAGACACUCGUGGAGCCGGUCUCUCGCCGCUCGGCGAAUUUGCCCUUCGUCAUCUGGAGCGUCGCUCAGUCGUUGUUUUUCAUGUCUUGCCUAGGUCUGGCCGACAUGGUCAUACUAUUCUCCAAAGGAGCGUCCGCCUGUCGUUUCCUACCGUCGUCCAUGAACUUUCUGGAGAAGAAGACGGAUUCUCCGGUUUCCAGAAGCAGAGUUGAAGUGGAGAGACUCUGCCUCAUCCAGGCCGUCAGCAGGAAUCAGCUUCUGUUUUUUCUGCUCUCCAACGUCAUGACCGGAGCGACCAACUCUGUCGUGGACACGUUCAACUGUAGCAGCUCAUUUUCAGUGUGUGUUUUACUGUCAUACAUGCUUGUGAACUGUCUUGUUAUAUAUGUUUUGCACAUCUGUGAAAUUACAAUGAAAUUCUGGUAAUGUUUGUAUGCGCACCAUUUUGCUUGGGUUUGUUUUUCAUAGUUUAUUUGAAGCUCGAGUUACUCGCACUGAAAUUCAGAACACUGGCAAACAUUGAAGAUGGAAGAAAGUGUUGUCUGUAUGGAGUUAGUUUUGUAUUUGUGCUUGUUUAUGGUGAUAUUGUCUUAAAUGUUUUGUGUUUGUUUAUUUGGGGGACUUGCAAAAAUAAAGCCUCGUGAGAAAAAUAACUGUUAUUCUUUUGUGAACGAACAGAAAUAAACCUGAAAUGUAACAAUAA